CAUGUCAUUUUUUAUUGUCUCACCGCGUUCCGUGUAGAGAUAGUUCGUGAUGCUUACGCAUUUUUAUUAUCGCCGUUACUUAAUUUUCUAUAUAAUUAUGUUUUUCAUGUUGAGCAUAACAUUUUGUAAUUGAUAAUGUGAUGUAAAUAGCAAUGUGUCGGGGCGUUUAUCAAUAUAAAUAGGACAGUAGGUUAGGGCGAAGCGUCACACACUACAUUAGGUUAUAGCACAGAAGUAGAUACUACAAUGGAAUUCAAACUACGCUUUUCAAUCUGCCUACAAAUCGUACUUAUUAAUCACGCAUAUGCUCAAUGCAUCGGUCAACCAGUAAUACAGGAAGCAAUGCCUGGUUGUGGUGUGUUUACCAGCCCUUUGAAAGUUCAGAAUACGCCGCUACCAGCGCCCAGUUUCAGCGUCUUUUCUGAUGGAUUGGUUGUGGAAGGGAUCGUUGGGGUGACUGGUGUUCUGCCAUUCCUGGGUACAGUCAGCAUGGAAGGUGCGUUACCUUCGGCUGGACAUGGCUCGGUUAGAUACAAUACUGGGAAUGAAAAAGUCGGCAUUGUUGCGGAACUACCAUCCUACCAAUAUCGGUACACUCUCUAAAAUGUUAAUAUUUUGUUAAAUAGACUGUUUGGUUGAAUAAAUGUGUAAUGUUAUUUUU